AUGGGCGCAAAGACGCCGCUCUUGCUCGCUGCGUCGGAGGGUCAAGCGGCCAUCGUGCGCGACCAUUAUGUGUCGACUGUCUGCGUCGCCAUGUUCGGCGUCCUCCUCGCUGUGCUGCCGCUUGCGCCGCCCAAUCCUUGCGUCGGCUGCGUGCCGGGUCCGAAGAAGCUCCUACACCACCUCAUCGUAGCACCAUAUCUGAUGAGGAUUGACAACAACGACACAUGUCACGUUGCCGGCAUGAGGAGGACGAGGAAGAGGGAGGCCACCACCCCACUCCGGCGAUCGCGCUGGUUACACGGCCAAAAGGUGGAUCAGACCGACUGA